AUGGGUCAGAUGGAAGCUACAAUUGAGGAAAAUCCUACGUCUUGCAACUUUGCCCUCUUCAACGACGUGCAUUUCGGCCGUCAGGCACCGCACUCUCUGGCCCCGGUUGAUAUAUCUGAUAUUGAAGGUAAUUCUGGUAAUGCUGGUAAUGUCCCGAUCGUCACCCCAUGGGCACCAUUUCCCCGACUCCCUGCCGAACUGCGCCUGCACGUUUGGCUGUGGUGCCUCCGCCGCCACCGACUCCUCGAGGUAGACGUCUGCGCCGCUGACCACGAAGACGGGAGCACCUAUCCGGGCAACAAUAUCUCUCCCUCUCGGUAUUAUGCCCACCGAAAUCAUCGAGGCAGAAUAGUGAGCGGACGGGGUUAUACCUUGAGCAUCAGGGGCCGCGGGUGCUAUGCUUCAUCUCUCAGCCCGCUCCUCUGGGUCAAUUCCGAGGCGAGACAGGCCACGUUGAGCUUCUACCAGAUACACCUGCCCUUCCCCGGCAAGUACAAGGACCAGGUACUCUACCUAAACCCGGAAUAUGACGUCGUCCACGUCCGGCCUCGGAGAACCGAAAGGACUGAUGUCGACCACGGCCCUGCGAUAGGCACUCUGCUUGUGGACUUUCUCCACGAUGCGAAGGCGUACGACUACAAGGGCCAGGGGGUCGUCCACCUCGCGCUACACAGACACAUUAUAGACGGCGACCAUGAUACACCCUUGACACCAGCGCUGGUUCACCCAGCCGCGGCGAUGUCGUUUGCCGACAUUCUCCGCCGCAGUCUCCGUUCCGUCCUCUGCAUCACCUACUUCCGGUCGAGUUCGAGAGCUAUGGGUGAGUUCCCAGCAAAAGGCUGGCACUACCACUUCGCCCACACGUUCCCCCUCCGUCGACGAGGCCAUGGCACCGGCUCCUUCCACUGGCUCGACACCGACCCGCGGCCUGGCGUCGAGCUGGACCUCCGCCAGCUUCCACUAGAAGAUGACCCUCGUCCCCUCCCUGAAGCCUGGAAGCAACUGGAACACGCCUUCGGCAUCACAAAAGAGCAGCGCGAGGCCGACGACAGCAACGGUAGCGGCGAUGGGCUCCGCUUCUACAUCUGCCCUACCGUAAACUGGCCUUCUUGGUCGCAAAGGCGCCAUCACCCCAGCCUAGUGGAGGAGGGGUCAAGGGAAGAGCUGGCAGAGUACCUACGAUAUGAGGCCGACGAUUGGCUCAGGCAGCGCGAGUUCAUCUCACAAAGCACCCCUGAAUAUAUCAUUCCCAAGCACGGCUUAAUGAUAGACGCUGAGACAUCUGAGAUGAUGGAGAAGGCACCCUGUCUGGCCGUCGGAAUGUGGCUUUUCCCACCCGAAGCUUUCAAACAGCCCACCAUUCUCCGGCGAUCCUGCUUCGACGUCUCGGCCAUUCGCCCGGAUAUUGUUGGCCAUACCCCCCUUCCGUCAGACCCCAUCCGUCGGGCCCCCUCCUUCGUAUGA